UUUUACUGUGACACAGUAUUAUUUAUUUCGAAAUAUGUUUUCCAGGCAAUCGCUGUAAACUAGCCUGUUGGUGCCAAGCCUACCUACCUGCGUGUAGCAACAGGAGCUGAACAUUCAAAAUUCGACACCUUGAGAUCUAUCUGUGGCUGAUGAUGCAUUAAAGGAGUGAUGGAGACCACGGACUGUCCCACAGAGGGUGAUCCUCUGAAGAGAGGAGAGGAUGGCGUGGAGAUGGGAUCAGCACCGCCGGAAACAGAACUGAAAAGGGGCUGCAAGGAAGUUCUGGGUCUUUCUAAACUCACCCAGUGGAGGACAGCAGUCUUCUUCCUCUCCUUGUUCCUCUGCCUGACUGUGGUCUUCGCCUUCUCUUUCAUCAUUCCCUGUCCUGUCAGACCACAGUAUCUGGCCUCAUGGAACAGGACGUUCUCAGACGCAGAAACCUAUGAUUUUUUAGCAUUUGAUGAUGCAAGCAAAGACAAGGUGAUGGACAUCAUGUUUGCUCUCAAGAGCACAUUAGCCAGUAUCAACAAUACAUGUGACAAUGCAGGUCUGCCCUCUCCAUGUGUGUUCAUGUUGGCAGUGGAUGGGACAGAUGGAAAAACCCUGUGGGAGCGUCCACUGGAGCCUGACUUCCACUGGGCCCAGUGUGGGCUGGACAAAAACACUGACAGGAAAUGGGACUGUCUGAUGUCCCAUUCAGAUAAAUUGUCAGCUCUGGACAAAUCUAAUGGUGAGAUCAAGUGGCAGCAGUCUCAGCCUCCUGGUCCGCACAGCCGUGUGCCUGUGCUCAGUGUGCCAGAUCUAAAUGGGGAUAAGGUCAGCGAUGUAGCCUUGGUGGUCACUAAUAAAAUGCAGGAUCAGCUAGUGUUCCUCUCGGGCAAAACAGGCGUCCAAAUUGGGUCUACUGUGGCGCUGAACACCACAGAAACAACCAGUCACCUUCUCCAUUACACUGGUGGGGGUGCCGACUAUCUGCUGUUACAACAAGACACUGGCUUGUAUGGACUGGCACUGUGGAAGAUAGCAGCCAAAGCAAAAGGUGGCAUGGAGGUGGGCCUCAAGAAGGAUAAACACCUGGAGAGAAAGGCUGCAGCCUCAUCUGGACUGGUACCAGUUUACAUGUCUGACUCGUUGAGGCAUGUGGCAAGAACAGGCGAGGCAGAUUCGUCCAACCUACUGGUGGUUACAGGCAGUGAGGUGGCUUUAAUCGAUGGAGAGACAUUACAGCUCCUGUGGAUUUUUAACACCACAUCAGUCUUCAGGGAGCCGUCCUUUGGACACUUCAACAAAGAUGGUGUACUUGAUGUUGUGCUUGAGGAGGACAUGGGCGGCAACACCAAAAGGGUGUUGAUUCUAGACGGCAAUUCCGGUGACAUACUGUGGAACGUUGACCUUCUGGCUAGUCCCAACUCGCCCCGACCCACCUCCAUAUACACCACCAACUCGAUUUCCAUCUUUGUCUUUUGGGGGCUGCUGCUCGCAGAGGACAAUUCAUCUGUACCGUUGAGUGGUGACCAUCGUUCAUACAUGCUGCAUCCUCUCUAUUCUAACCUUCUCCUGGAAUCUGACAAUGUCAUGGACCACAUUGUUACAUUCAAAGCCACGUUGAUGGAGCGAGGGCGCCACGCCGCCUUUGUCCUACUGACAGGUCCUGGGACCAGAGACACUGCAGGCACUGUGGUUCUCAGCAAAUGGAAGCUAAAGCAUGACGUGCCUCAGAGUAAGGUGAUCCCGAUAGGCAACAACAAGGACUCCACAACCGACGACGACAUAAAAGAGGCCUUUAACAGGCUCAGAUUCAGCGACACUUGACAUGUCGCAAGGAGAAACUGGAGUCAUCAAAUUAGUAACAAGACAGGGGCUCCAUUCACUUCUUUUGUAAUUUAAACUAUCAAGUAUGUCCUCACGUUAAAAGUAUGUGGUGGCUGAAUAGGUUCCAACUUCCCUGCUGCAAACAAAAGUUUGAUUUCAGCUCCAUGCACUUGCAUAGACAAACACAUUCUAGAUCCUCUUUGUCCAAACAGCUGCUGUUUCCCCUGACUCCUCCUGCUGAUAAACCCAUCAUGACUUUGCUGUACUUUUUAUCUUGCACUUUCUCACACCAAUGCAAUUAAUUACAAAAGCUGGAUUAUUAUGUAGAGCUAUGCAAUUGUUUUAUAGCACUUGGGUCAUUUGCUGUGUAUUUAAUACUAGAACAGCCUUAAAAAUAUGGUUAAAUAUAUGAACCUGUGCACUGUGUCAUUACAUUACAAGUAUUAAGGACAGGUCUUGCAGUGUGGUACUCUAUAUUUGCAAUUCAUAUGCAUAAGAUUUCAAAUGGGGUUAUUUUUUGUAUAUUAAUAUAUUGAAAAUGUUGGCCUUCAAGUAGAGCGUGAGUUAAGUAUCCUAGUACAAUCUGAUCACUAUUAAAAGGAUUUUACGACAAUAUCUUAGACUAUUUGUAUUAAAAUCAUCUGAUUAUAUUGUAAAAUGUACUUAAUAUUUUCAUGGUGUAUGUAUGUUCAGAUUGCGUUUUUUUCCCCGAUAAAAACAAGUCAUGUGAACAUACUGGCCUCUAAGGGGUUGAAAUAGUUUAUAUGUAUAUUGUUGGCUGAGGUAGUUUAAAAGACUGACUUCAAGUGAGGAAACAUUUUUUUUAUAGCAGUAUUUGAGAACCUGACAUUUUUUGUCAGGGUUGAAUAUGUGAAUUUUUUCUUAAGGGUUAAAUGUAUUUAUUUGCUGUCAGGAGUUCAAUUAAACCUUAAAAGACCAAAGAAAUCCUCAGGAAAUUUUGAGAUACUGAAUUUGGGGGGUUUGUUAGCUGGAAGCAAUGUUAUUAUGAAGAAAUACAUAAUAUUUCAAAUAUGAAAUAUUUCACUCGUGUGUGUAAUGAAUCUAUAGAAUAUAAGGGUUUCGCUUUUUUUCUUCAAAGUUCAAAGUCUUCAAGUUAUUCUAAUUGAGCUGCACCUG